GGGGAUUUUAACGGAAAGGAGGAUUUCCAGAAUUUUCUUUAUUUUUCUCAUUGAUGCUUGUGCAUAGUCGGUGGUAAUAGCUACAGCAGGUGAGACCGCGGCCGCUCCUUUGGAUUCGAGGGGAAAUGUCGAGCGAGAAGCCGGUUUUAGUGCCGGGUUCGGUAUCGCUCUCGGACCGAGAACCUCCCCCGGGUCAUGGGCAACAGGGGACAACGGGCUCCAAUACUGCUGAAAUGAUGGUGUCCGGUUCGGGCUCAAUGGUCCUGCCGGCCGGGGUGAUCAAUCCCUCGGUUCCGAUCCGGAAUAUCAAGAUGAAAUUCGCCGUUCUCAUCGGUCUGAUCCAGGUCGGGGAGGUUAGCAACAGAGACAUUGUCGAGACGGUUCUGAACCUGCUGGUGGGCGGCGAGUUUGACCUGGAGAUGAACUUCAUCAUCCAGGACGCGGAGAGCAUCGGCUGCAUGGUGGAGCUGCUGGAGCACUGCGACGUGACCUGCCAGGCGGAGAUCUGGAGCAUGUUCACCGCCAUCCUGCGCAAGAGCGUGCGCAACCUGCAGACCAGCACCGAGGUGGGCCUGAUCCAGCAGGGCCUGCUCAAGAUGGCCGCCGUCGACGACAUGAUCGCAGACCUGCUGGUGGACAUGUUGGGGGUGAUGGCGAGUUACAGCAUCACAGUGAAGGAGCUGAAGCUGCUGUUCAGCAUGCUGCGCGGGGACAACGGGGUGUGGCCCAGACAUGCGGUGAAGCUGCUGUCGGUGCUCAAUCAGAUGCCCCAGAGACACGGCCCCGACACCUUCUUCAACUUCCCCGGACGCAGCGCUGCCGCCAUUGCAUUACCUCCCAUUGCUAAGUGGCCUUACCAGAAUGGCUUUACCCUGAACACAUGGUUCCGCAUGGACCCACUGAACAACAUCAACGUGGACAAGGAUAAGCCCUACCUUUACUGCUUCCGCACCAGCAAAGGGAUCGGCUACUCUGCGCAUUUCGUGGGGAACUGUCUGAUCGUGACGUCUCUGAAGUCCAAGGGCAAGGGGUUCCAGCACUGUGUGAAGUACGACUUCCAGCCUCGGAAGUGGUACAUGAUCAGCAUCGUCCACAUCUACAACCGCUGGAGGAACAGCGAGAUCCGGUGCUACGUCAACGGGCAGCUGGUCUCCUACGGCGACAUGGCCUGGCACGUCAACACCAACGACAGUUAUGAUAAAUGCUUCCUGGGAUCGUCCGAGACGGCGGACGCUAACAGGGUGUUCUGCGGCCAGCUCGGAGCCAUCUACGUGUUCAGCGAAGCACUCAACCCGGCCCAGAUAUUUGCAAUACAUCAGCUCGGACCGGGCUACAAGAGCACGUUUAAGUUUAAGUCUGAGAGCGACAUCCACCUGGCGGAGCACCAUAAGCAGGUUCUGUACGACGGCAAGCUGGCCAGCAGCAUCUCCUUCACCUACAACGCCAAGGCCACGGACGCCCAGCUCUGCCUGGAGUCCUCCCCCAAGGAGAACCCCUCCAUCUUCGUGCACUCGCCCCACGCCCUCAUGCUCCAGGAUGUGAAAGCCAUCGUCACACACUCCAUCCACAGUGCCAUCCACUCCAUCGGGGGGAUCCAGGUGCUGUUCCCCCUGUUUGCCCAGCUGGACUACCACCAGCAGAGCGAGAGCACGGUGGAGACCACCGUCUGUGCCACUCUCCUGGCCUUCCUGGUGGAGCUGUUGAAGAGCUCAGUGGCCAUGCAGGAGCAGAUGCUGGGGGGGAAGGGCUUCCUGGUUAUUGGCUAUCUCCUGGAGAAGUCCUCCAGGGUGCACAUCACCCGUGCGGUGCUGGAGCAGUUCCUGUCCUUCGCCAAGUACCUGGACGGCCUGACGCACGGAGCGCCCCUGCUGAAGCAGCUGUGCGACCACAUCCUGUUCAACGCCGCCAUCUGGAUCCACACGCCCGCCAAGGUCCAGCUGUCCUUGUACACGUAUCUCUCGGCGGAGUUCAUCGGCACGGCGACCAUUUACACCACCAUCCGGCGGGUGGGCACGGUGCUGCAGCUCAUGCACACGCUCAAGUACUACUACUGGGCCAUCAACCCGGCCGACACCAGCGCCAUCACGCCCAAGGGCCUGGACGGACCCCGGCCCACUCAGAAGGAGAUCAUCUCCCUGCGGGCCUUCAUGCUGCUGUUCCUGAAGCAGCUCAUUCUCAAGGACCGAGGGGUGAAGGAGGACGAGCUCCAGAGCAUCCUGAACUACCUGCUGACCAUGCACGAGGAUGAGAAUAUCCACGAUGUUCUGCAGCUCCUCGUCGCUCUCAUGUCAGAGCACCCCGCCUCCAUGAUCCCAGCCUUCGACCAGAGGAACGGGAUACGGGUGAUCUACAAGCUGCUGGCCUCCAAGAGUGAGAGUAUUCGGGUGCAGGCACUGAAGGUUCUGGGCUACUUCCUGAAGCACCUAGGCCAUAAGAGGAAGGUGGAGAUCAUGCACACACACAGUCUCUUCACUCUGCUCGGAGAGAGGCUGAUGCUCCACACCAACACUGUGACCGUCACCACCUACAACACGCUGUACGAGAUCCUGACGGAACAGGUGUGCACGCAGGUGGUGCACAAGCCUCACCCCGAGCCCGACUCCACAGUGAAGAUCCAGAACCCCAUGAUUCUGAAGGUGGUGGCGACUCUGCUGAAGAACGCCACGCCCAGUGUGGAGCUGAUGGAGGUGCGGAGGCUCUUCCUGUCCGACAUGAUCAAGCUGUUCAGCAACAGCAGGGAGAACAGACGGUGUCUGCUCCAGUGCUCCGUGUGGCAGGACUGGAUGUUCUCGCUGGGCUACAUCAACCCCAAGAACUCGGAGGAGCAGAAGAUCACGGAGAUGGUCUACAACAUCUUCCGCAUCCUGCUCUACCACGCCAUCAAGUACGAGUGGGGCGGCUGGCGUGUGUGGGUGGACACGCUCUCCAUCGCCCACUCCAAGGUGACCUACGAGGCCCACAAGGAGUACCUGGCGAAAAUGUACGAGGAGUACCAGCGGCAGGAGGAGGAGAACAUCAAGAAGGGGAAGAAGGGGCUGGUGAGCACCAUCUCGGGCCUGUCCGCCCAGGCCUCGGGCAUCAAGGGCGCCAUCGAGAUCCGCGAGCUGGACGACGGCGGCUCGCAGACGCAGACGCCCGAGAGCGAGGCGGACUACCCCGAGAGCGCCGACGCCCGAAACCUGCUGGCCGGGGGGCCCAAGGGCCCGGGCGGGGAGGAGGUGGAGGAGGAGGAGGACGAGGAGGUGCGCGUGGAGGUGCACGACCUGCUGGUGGACAUCAAGGCGGAGAAGGUGGAGGCCACCGAGGUGAAGCUGGACGACCUGGACCUGUCGCCGGAGACGCUGGUGGGCGUGGGCGUGUCGGAGAACGGGGCGCUGGUGGAGGUGGACUCGCUGCUGGACAACGUGUACUGCGCCGCCGUGGAGACGCUGGGCGGGGUCAACGGGCAGAGCGCCGACGACAAGAACGCCGGGCCGCUCAUCACGCUGGCCGACGAGAAGGACAGCGCCGGCGGCGUCGGCGUCGUCCCCGGCAACAGCGGCUUCCUGUUCGGGAAGGGCCCCGAGCUGGGCUCCGCGGAGCCCCUGGUCCUGCCGCCGCCCGGGCUCCAGGUGCACACCGGCGGGGACGACCUGGGCCUGCUGGCCCACAUGACGGGCAGCUCCGACCUGGCCCCGCCCGCGCCCCCGUCCGCGCUGGAGCACGGCGAGCUGAAGCUGCGCUCCGCUCUGGAGGACAUGGACGCCGUCGCCGAGGGCGCCGCCAAACCCGCCGAGGGCGCCGAGCCGGUCGCCACGGUGACGGAGGCCGGGGGCGGGGCCGACGCCGCCAGCACCAUCUCCGACACGGAGCGGUCCGACGACGGCAAGGACAAGGAGAUCAAGAAGAUCCAGACCACCGCCACCACGCAGACUCUGCACGGGCGCAUGGCCAGUCAGAUGGAGAGGGACCUGCGGGUGGACCUGGGCUUCCGGGGCAUGCCCAUGACGGAGGAGCAGAGGCGCCAGUUCAGCCCCGGCCCCCGCACCACCAUGUUCCGCAUCCCAGAGUUCAAGUGGUCGCCCAUGCACCAGCGCCUGCUCACCGACCUGCUGUUCGCCCUGGAGACGGACGUGCACGUGUGGAGGAGCCAUUCCACCAAGUCGGUCAUGGACUUUGUGAACAGCAACGAGAACAUCAUUUUUGUACAUAACACCAUCCACCUAAUUUCUCAAAUGGUAGACAACAUCAUCAUCGCCUGUGGAGGAAUUCUGCCCCUGCUGUCAGCAGCCACGUCUCCUUCUAGUUCUAAGGUUAGUACCAGCACUACGGAGCUGGAGAGCAUCGAGGCCACGCAGGGCAUGUCCUCGGAGACGGCCGUCACCUUCCUCAGCCGCCUCAUGGCCAUGGUGGACGUGCUGGUGUUCGCCAGCUCCCUCAACUUCAGCGAGAUCGAGGCCGAGAAGAACAUGUCCUCCGGGGGCCUGAUGCGCCAGUGCCUCCGACUGGUCUGCUGUGUGGCUGUGAGGAACUGUUUGGAGUGCAGACAGAGACAGAGGGACAGAACAACCAAAUCCUCCAUCCCGAGCAAGACCCAGGAGAACCUGCAGAACAUUCCGCCCGUCAGCAAGGAUCCUGACAGGCUUCUGCAGGAUGUGGACAUCAAUCGGCUCCGAGCUGUCGUCUUCCGCGAUGUGGACGACAGUAAACAGGCACAAUUCCUGGCUCUUGCUGUGGUCUAUUUCAUCUCGGUCCUGAUGGUCUCCAAGUACCGUGACAUCCUGGAGCCCCAGCGCGAGAUUGCCAGGUCCAGCAGCCAAUCGGGGAGGAGUAUCCGGCAAGAGAUCAACUCACCUACCAGUACCGAGAACCCGUCUGGGUUUGUGGAGGGCGGUAAGGACGUGCCCACGCCGGGGGAGGACCUGCAUGUGGAGAGCUCCCUCCCGCACACGGACUCAGGCAUCGGGGAGGAGCAGGUGUCGGGCGUGCUGAACGGGGCGGACCUGGAGGCCAGCGCCGGGGGCCCGGACGCCAUGAGCGAGCUGCUCUGCACGCUGUCCUCCGAGGUGAAGGCCCAGGAGAGCCGCGCCCAGUCGCCCAGCGCCGACGGCCUCAAGCCCGCCCCCUCCAUCUCCAGCAUCUCCCACGGCAACAAGGGCAUCAACGUCAAGGAGAUCCUGAAGAGCCUGGUGGCCUCGCCCGUGGAGGGGCCGGAGCCCGGGCCCGAGCCCCUCCCCUACCCCGACCCGGCCGUCAAGGCCCAGACCCAGGCCAUCCUGCCCAUGCAGUUCCACUCCUUCGACAGGAGCGUGGUGGUCCCGGUGAAGAAGCCCCCGCCCGGGAACCUGGCCGUCACCACGGUGGGCAGCUCCAGCACCGCGGGGAGUCUGGCCUCCGGGAGCACGCCCAACAUCUUCGCUGCUGCCUCAGCCACGCCCAAGAGCAUGAUCAACACUACAGGUGCCACAGACUCGGCCUCCUCCUCUUCCUCCUCCUCCUCCAGCUUCGUUAACGGGGCCACCAGUAAGAACCUGCCGGCCGUGCAGACGGUGGCACCCAUGCCUGAGGACACGGUGGAGAACAUGAGUGCCUUUUGUGAAGUGGACCCGUGUCCACUAAGAUCCGGGCUGACACCGCCAGAACUCAAACCCUUUAGCUCCCUGCCAGGGAUCCCGGCAGCUCCCCGAGGUGCAGGCCAGUGUCAUAGCAUCACCACUAAGCUGGAGCGGGCCCUGGAGAAGGUGGCCCCGUUGCUGAGGGAGAUCUUCGUGGACUUCGCCCCGUUCCUCUCGCGCACGCUGCUGGGUAGCCACGGGCAGGAGCUCCUCAUAGAAGGUACAGGGCUGGUGUGUAUGAAGUCCAGCACCUCCGUGGUGGAGCUGGUGAUGCUGCUUUGCUCGCAGGAAUGGCAGAACUCAAUUCAGAAGAACGCUGGUCUGGCCUUCAUCGAGCUCAUCAACGAGGGCAGGCUGCUGUGUCAUGCCAUGAAGGACCACAUCGUGCGCGUGGCCAACGAAGCGGAGUUCAUCCUCAACCGACAGCGGGCAGAGGACGUACACAAACACGCCGAGUUUGAGUCGAACUGCGCACAGUACGCUGCAGACAGGAAGGAGGAGGAGAAGAUGUGUGAUCACCUGAUCAGCGCCGCCAAGCACAGAGACCACGUGACCGCCAACCAGCUGAAGCAGAAGAUCCUCAACAUCCUGACCAAUAAGCACGGAGCCUGGGGCACGCUGUCGCAGAGCCAGCUGCAUGACUUCUGGCGUCUGGACUACUGGGAGGACGACCUUCGUAGGAGGCGGAGAUUCGUACGCAACGCCUUCGGCUCCACCCACUUGGACAUUUCACUCAAGGCCCUGGAGGAUUAUGGCACGGAGGAGGACGACAUGGUGAAGUGGAAGAAGGCCUUCCGCAGCCAGGCGGUGGUCAGCCAGAACCCCGAGUCGGAGCUGAUGCUGGAGGGGGACGACGACACCGUCAGCCUGCUGCAGGAGAAGGAGAUCGACAACCUGGCAGGCCCCGUGGUCCUGAGUACACCAGCUCAGCUCGUGGCCCCGGUCAUCGUAGCACGAGGGACGCUCUCCAUCACCACGACCGAGAUCUAUUUUGAGGUGGAUGAAGAUGACUCCGCCUUCAAAAAGAUUGACGCCAAGGUCUUGGCGUACUCGGAGGGCCUGCAUGGGAAAUGGAUGUUCAGCGAGAUCCGCGCCGUCUUCUCCAGACGCUACCUGCUGCAGAACACCGCCCUGGAGGUCUUCAUGGCCAACAGAACCUCCGUGAUGUUCAACUUCCCGGACCAGGCUACGGUCAAGAAGGUGGUCUACAGCCUCCCCAGGGUGGGCGUGGGCACCAGCUACGGCCUGCCCCAAGCCAGGCGGAUCUCCCUGGCAACCCCACGACAGCUCUUCAAGUCCUCCAACAUGACCCAGCGCUGGCAGAGGCGGGAGAUCUCCAACUUUGAGUACCUGAUGUUCCUCAACACCAUCGCAGGGAGGACCUACAACGACCUUAACCAGUACCCGGUCUUCCCUUGGGUUCUCACCAACUACGAGUCUGAGGAGCUGGAUCUCACCCUCCCGGGGAACUUCAGAGACCUGUCAAAGCCAAUCGGAGCGCUGAACCCCAAGCGCGCUGUGUUCUACGCCGAGCGCUACGAGACGUGGGAGGAGGAUCAGACGCCCCCCUGCCACUACAGCUCCCACUACUCCACCUCCGCCUCCAGCCUGCGCUGGCUCGUCAGAAUAGAGCCCUUCACCACGUUCUUCCUCAACAUCAACGACAACAAGUUCGACCACGCCGACCGCACCUUCUCUACCAUCGCCCGCUCCUGGAGGAACUGCCAGCGGGACACCUCCGACGUCAAGGAGCUGAUCCCGGAGUUCUACUACCUCCCGGAGAUGUUCGUCAACAGCAACGGCUACGACCUGGGCCUGCGGGAGGAUGGGGCGGCCGUGUGCGACGUGGAGCUCCCGGUUUGUGUUGCCUCCAGCUCUAAUUGCCUCCGCUCUUCGUGACAGGCCCUGGAAAGCGAGUUUGUGUCGUGUCAGCUCCAUCAGUGGAUUGACCUCAUUUUCUCGGCUACAAGCAGGCGAGGCCCGGAGGCGGUGCGCGCCCUCAACGUCUUCCACUACCUGACGUACGAGGGCUCCGUCAACCUGGACAGCAUCAGCGACCCCCUGCUACGGGAGGCGAUGGAGGUGCAGAUUCAGUGUUUUGGACAGACUCCAUCUCAGUUGCUUAUCGAGCCACAUCCGCCACGCAGCUCCGCCAUGCACCUGUGUUUCCUUCCGCAGAGUCCUCUCAUGUUUAAGGACCAGAUGCAGCAGGACGUGAUCAUGGUGCUGAAGUUCCCGUCCAACUCGCCCGUCACGCACGUAGCGGCGAACACCCUGCCCCACCUGACCGUGCCGGCCGUCGUCACGGUCACCUGCAGCCGCCUGUUCGCUGUCAACCGCUGGCACAACACCGUGGGUCUCAGGGGAGCACCAGGAUACUCUCUGGAACAGGCCCAUCACCUCCCGAUCGAGAUGGACCCCCUUAUCGCCAAUAACUCCGGGAUGAACAAAAGGCAAAUCACAGACCUUGUGGACCAGAGCAUCCAGAUAAACACGCACUGUUUUGUGGUGACGGCCGACAACCGCUACAUCCUGGUGUGUGGGUUCUGGGACAAGAGCUUCCGUGUCUAUUCAACGGAGACAGGCAAGCUGACCCAGAUUGUGUUCGGGCACUGGGACGUGGUCACGUGUCUGGCCCGGUCCGAGUCCUACAUCGGGGGCGACUGCUACAUCGUGUCAGGGUCCAGGGACGCCACACUGCUGCUCUGGUACUGGAGUGGGAGGCACCACAUCAUCGGAGACAAUCCCAACAACAGUGAUUAUCCCGCUCCUCGGGCAGUGCUGACGGGUCAUGACCAUGAGGUGGUCUGUGUGUCCGUCUGUGCGGAGCUGGGUCUGGUCAUCAGCGGUGCCAAAGAGGGCCCCUGUCUGGUGCACACCAUCACGGGGGACCUGCUGCGGGCCCUGGAGGGCCCCGAUAACUGCCUGUGCCCGCGGCUCAUCUCGGUGUCCAGCGAGGGCCACUGCAUCAUCUGCUACGAGCGCGGCCGCUUCUGCAACUUCAGCAUCAACGGCAAACAGCUGGCGCAGAUGGAGGUCAACGACUCCACCCGGGCCAUCCUCCUGAGCAGCGACGGGCAGAACCUGGUGACGGGCGGGGACAACGGCGUGGUGGAGGUGUGGCAGGCCUGCGACUUCAAGCAGCUCUACAUCUACCCCGGCUGUGACGCCGGCAUCCGCGCCAUGGACCUGUCACAUGACCAAAGGACUCUGAUUACGGGCAUGGCGUCCGGAAGCAUCGUGGCGUUUAACAUCGAUUUUAACCGCUGGCACUACGAGCACCAGAACAGAUACUGAGAGGAAGGCCAGGCCCCCUGGCCCCCGGCCCCC